AUGUGGCUCCUAAUUUUCUUAGUUUGGCUGGUUAUAUGGGCUGGUGGCACGUACUGGUACCUGUUUGGGAAACCGAGCCCUUUUUCUCUGGAAUCCGUCAGACCUCCAGCACCUCGUGAGUUUGAUCAGAAGAAGCGGGAUAAAGUCAUCAAGCAAGGAUUUAGUGUUGACAAAGUGCCGGAGAACCUGGAUGUCAUUGUUAUCGGCAGCGGGAUCGGUGGGCUGACGGCCGGAGCCACGCUGGCUAAAGCAGGAAAGAAAGUGUUGAUCCUGGAACAGCAUGACCAAGCUGGAGGCUGCUGCCACACUUACAUAGAAAAGGGAUUUGAGUUUGAUGUUGGUCUUCACUACAUCGGUCAGGUCCAUGAGAACAGUCUGCUACGAAUUGCCUUUGACCAACUAUCUGAGGGGCAGCUGGAGUUUCAUCAACUAAAUCAACAUUUUGACACCAUCCAGAUUGGCCUGGGCGAUGAGAAACGAGAGUACACCAUUUUCUCAGGUAAAACUGAGAUGAAAGCUCACCUGAUGAAGCAAUUUCCUGAUGACACAGAGGCCAUUGAGGCAUUCUUCAAAAUCAUGAAGGUCUCAGCUAAGAAGACUCACUAUUUGGCAACUCUGAAGCUGAUCCCUCAGUGGGUGGCUUUAUUCCUGCUCAAGUCUGGCAUUGCAAACCUUGCCUCUCCGGUCUUCCGCCUCUCUGGAACUUGUGCCGCUGAUUUGGUGAACACAUUGACCAAAAACAAGGAUCUCCAAGUCAUCUUUUCUUACCUUUUCUACGGUGUGCCUCCAAAGGACUCCAGCAUUCUGAUCAAUGCCCUCCUCAUUCACCACUACAAACGAGGUGCCUAUUAUCCUAAAGGUGGUGCUAGCGAGAUUGCUUUCCACAUCAUCCGUACCAUUCAGAAACAUGGAGGCAAAUGCCUGGUCAGAGCCCCAGUAUCCCAAAUCCUGGUUAAUGAGAAGGGAGCAGCUUAUGGUGUGAAGGUGAGGAAGGGCCAGGAAGAAGUGGAAGUACACGCACCUGUGGUUGUUUCAGACUGCGGCAUCUUUACUACCUUCCAAAAACUUCUCCCACCAGAGAUUCAAGUGAAACACGAUAUUCAGGACAGACUGAACAUGAUGAAACAUGGAAGAGGAUCGUUCUUGGUCUUCUCUGGUUUUGAUGGAACUGAGGAGGAGCUGGGCCUUGAGUCCACUAACUACUGGCUGUUUAAGAACAACGAUAUGGAUAAGUCGAUGGAGAAGUUCUUUGCUUUGAGCAAAGACGAAGCACCUGAUAACAUCUCCAUGAUGUUUAUCACAGUGCCAUCUGCGAAAGACCCUGAAGCCAAAAUACGACAUCCUGGAAAAUCCUGCAUGACAAUACUGACCAUGGUUAAUUAUGAAUGGUUUGAAGAAUGGAAGGACACGACUGUGCGCAAAAGGGGUGAUGAAUAUUACAACUACAAAAUGAAAUUUGCUAAGAACCUCUUUGACUGGGCCUGUACUUUAUUUCCUAAAAUUAGAAACAAGCUGGUUUUCCAGGAUGUGGCUACCCCAUUGACCAACAUGCACUACCUUGGAGCUCAGCGAGGAGCCAUGUACUCAGCUGAACACAACCUGGAGCGUUUCUAUGCUGAGACUGUAGCCAGGAAUAGGUGCAACACACCUGUCAAAAACCUCUACAUUACAGGCCAAGAUGUGUUCAGCUGUGGAAUAGCAGGCGCUCUGCAUGGUGGACUCCUCUGUGCCUCCACAGUGUUGGAUCAUAUUGUGUAUAUCGACUUGCUCCUCCUUAAGAAGAAGCUGAAGAGGAGGAAAGCUAAAGAGCUGGCCCAGCUGGCGAAGAAGAAACUGCAAUAA